AUGGUGGCGAUGUUGCUGGUGGUGGUAGUGGCGGCAGCGACGGCGGCGGCAGCGGUGGUAGCGGCAGUGGUGCCGAUGCUGGUGGCGGUGGCGGCGGCGGCGGUGGUGGUAGCGGUGGGUGGUGGCGGUGCUGGUGCUGGUGUUGGUGGGGCUGGUGGCGGUGGCAGCAGUGGUGGCGGCGGUGGUGAUGGUAGCGACGGUGGUGGCGAUGCUGGUGGUAUUGGUGGGGUGGUGGUGCUGGUGGCGGUGAUAGUGGCGGUGGCAGCGGUGGUGGCGGCGGCGGCGGAAGCACAAAAUCCCCAUGCUCCUCCCCCUAGUUCACCAAAUAUUUCACCUCAACAACCUCCCAUAUCCCCCCGAUCACACUUUACCAUAACAACCGCCCUUACUCCAAGACCUUGA